AUGGUCCAAGCAGUCGCAGUGUUAAAGGGUGACGCCGGUGUCUCCGGUGUUGUCAAGUUCGAACAAGCUUCCGAAUCCGAGCCAACCACUGUCUCUUACGAGAUCGCUGGUAAUGCUCCUAACGCCCAACGUGGGUUCCAUAUUCACGAGUUUGGAGAUGCUACUAAUGGUUGUGUCUCUGCUGGUCCUCACUUUAAUCCUUUCAAGAAGACACAUGGUGCUCCAACUGACGAAGUCAGACAUGUUGGUGACAUGGGUAAUGUAAAGACGGAUGGCAAUGGUGUGGCCAAGGGCUCCUUUAAGGAUUCUUUGAUCAAGCUUAUCGGUCCUACCUCUGUUGUUGGCAGAAGUGUCGUUAUCCACGCUGGCCAAGAUGACUUAGGUAAGGGUGACACUGAAGAGUCUUUGAAGACUGGUAAUGCCGGUCCAAGACCAGCCUGUGGUGUCAUCGGUCUAACCAACUAA